UCUAUCUGCCUCAUUCUUCACACUGCUGUCACCACAACAACCAGCGACGAUACGGCGAAUGGCAGAGAAGUCAUAAUAAAAACAUCAAACAGACAGCUGCAGCAAUGGGCAAGUCCCAGUCACACUUGGCCAAACAUAAAGAUGAGAGUCAGGACGCACUGACGGCUGACGGUCAAACAGAGGAGGAUGGAAAGAACGGAGAUGUUUCUCAGUUCCCCUACGUGGAGUUCACAGGACGAGACAGCGUGACAUGUCCCACCUGUCAGGGCACCGGCAGAAUCCCCAGAGGUCAAGAGAACCAGCUGGUGGCUCUGAUUCCAUACAGCGACCAAAGACUGAGGCCGAGCAGAACAAAGCUGUAUGUCACGAUCUCUGUGGCCCUGUGUCUGCUGCUGUCAGGACUGGCAGUUUUCUUUUUGUUCCCUCGCUCCAUUGAUGUCUCUUACGUGGGGGUGAAGUCUGCCUACGUCUCCUACGACCUGGACAAACGAAUAGUCUAUCUCAACAUUACUAGCACUCUCAACAUCACCAAUAACAACUACUACGCAGUGUCUGUGACCAACAUCACAGCCCAGGUGCAGUUCUCUAAGACGGUGAUAGGGAAGACCAAGUUCAACAACAGCUCAGUCAUCAUUCCACUGGAUGAACGGCAGAUUGACUACACCGUUCCCACAACCAUAGCUGAUGAGAUGAGUUACAUGUUUGACUACUGCACCUUAUCGACCAUUAAAGUUCACAACAUAGUGGUCAUGAUGCAGGUCACAGUGACAACAUCGUACUUUGGCCACGCAGAGCAGGUCUCCCAGGAGAUGUACCAGUACGUGGACUGUGGGGGAAACACCACCUCCUUGCGUGGACACAUGCAGGUCUACAAAUAAAGCAUGAAGAAGAGUACAGACAAGCGUCACAAAGAGCUGUGACUAAUGGUCUUGCAGUGAUGGCUGGGUUGACCGCGAUGCAGGAAAUCUCUACUCAAUAAUAAAAGGAACAUGGACGGGCUCAAAACCUUUCUUAAAUAAGUCAAA